GGACCGCGGCCGCCUUCCCGUCUUGCCUUGGUGCCGCUGGCCGUUGGCUUUCCGUCCGGGCGCGCGGGGUGUGGUGGUCGCCAUCUUGCGCCGGCUUGCUGCGCUUCGCGAGGCGCCGCCAUGGAGACAGAUGAUACAGGAAAUCGACUGCGGUUCCAGCUGGAGUUGGAAUUUGUUCAAUGUCUAGCUAAUCCAAAUUACCUUAACUUCCUUGCGCAGAGAGGCUACUUCAAAGAUAAAGCUUUUGUGAAUUAUCUUAAAUAUUUACUUUAUUGGAAGGAACCUGAAUAUGCAAAAUACCUAAAGUAUCCUCAGUGUCUGCAUAUGUUAGAGCUGCUCCAAUAUGAACAUUUCCGCAAAGAACUGGUAAAUGCUCAGUGUGCUAAAUUUAUUGAUGAGCAACAGAUUCUUCACUGGCAACACUAUUCACGGAAAAGAAUGCGCCUCCAGCAAGCACUGGCAGAGCAGCAGCAACAGAACAACACCUCAGUAAAAUGAAAAACGUUCUCCAGAGUGACAAGGUUGUACUUUGUAUCACUUCAAGUACUUACAACAGAGGACUCUUGGUAGGUUUGGCUGUGUGUACAUAAAAUAUAUAAUUUUGCCUCAUUAUUUCUAUUGCUAAGGUCUUCCUGAUUUAUAAAGUCACUAGGCUUUUUUUCUUGUAACUUGUACCAAUGUUUUAAAGAUGUAAGACUAACAACUUCAUACUUCUGUAAUUUAUUCUGUAGCAUGAACAAUCUCAAAAGAGUGUUAUUACAUGUCUUUGUUGCUCUUGAAAAUAAAAUGUAGGGUUUUUUAGGGCACUGCCAUUUAAGUAUCUAAUGAAAAAAGCAUAGUUUAAAAGUCUGGUUUUAAGAGGCAUGUCUCAAGGUGUUGCUAAGAACCCCCUUGUGUACUGCUUUUUACAACUGCAAGAUGAGCAAAGUUAAAGUGAAGAUACACAAAAUCUACAAUGUGGAUGUUUGCCUUGAAACAGCUGAGGUAUAACUUGCCAUUUCUGUUUACCUGGUAAUCAUUGUUGCAAUGAGUCUUGCAGAGUUUUGCUUAUAGUAUAUUUUAGAGACAGAAAUCAAAGUGUGAAGACACAAGGACUGCAGGACUGGAGCAGAGUUCAGUCAUAUAAACCUUGCAAACAGAUAUUAGGGAAAUACUAAACAAUGUAGAGAGAGAGGCUGUAGCUGUAUUUAUUUCAUUAAAGUCAGUGUAUUUUAAUGGAAUACACGUUUUACUUUCUGCUAGUGAAAUACUAGAUGCUUCUAAGCAAUUUUUUUCCUUCUUAAGAUACAUGGAUCUUAGCAAUGACAGGGAUUUAUUUUUCUUGCUUUCAGAUUGCAUUCAAAUGAGUUUAGUUUUGUGUAAUGAAGAAUAAAAUGUAGCAUCAAGAAGUAGCAGAACUUCUAGGCUUUAGGGACUUUUACAUAAUGUGACUUGUCAGUUAAAAAUACAGUUUAUUGAACUAAGUUAAAAAUACAGUAUAACUUGAAUAUUCUGCAUUUAAAGUUUAGACAAUUUGCUCUACCUUUCUAGGACUAUUUUUUCUUUUCUAGAUAUAUUCAGAUAAUACCCCUUCGUGCUAUAUUUUAUAUUAUUCUAAGAGCAGCUACUGUAACCAUUAAAUUUCAGUGUGUGACCAGUAAUACCAAGACUGUUAACCUUCAGGUCACCAUACUUAGUUAAUGGCUUAUGUGUUUAGUCUAUCUUAGGUGUUGAAAAUCUGUCUUAAUGCCUUUAGUAGCUAUGUAAAGUCUGCUUUAGGAAGAAUAAACAGAUUCUUCUCUUUC